AAGUAUGCUAACAAUAUGACAGACAAAACCUUUAGAUAUGAGAAAGUGGAAUUUCUUGGAGAAGGUCAAUUUGCAACAGUAUACAAGGCUAAAGAUACUGAAAAUGACAAUAGAAUUGUUGCUGUGAAGAAAAUUAAGCUGGGAAAUAGAAUUGAAGCAAAAGAUGGGAUUAAUAGAACUGCCUUGAGAGAGAUAAAGUUAUUGCAAGAACUACAUCAUGAAAAUAUCAUUGGGCUUUUGGAUGUAUUUGGACAAAAGUCGAACAUCAGUCUAGUGUUUGAUUUCAUGGAGACUGAUUUGGAAGUAAUAAUUAAGGACACAAGUAUUGUACUGACCCAGAGUCACAUUAAAGCUUACACGAUAAUGACAUUAAAAGGCCUGGAAUAUCUGCAUUCACAAUGGAUUUUGCACAGGGAUUUGAAGCCCAACAAUUUAUUGAUUGAUGCAGAAGGAAUUUUAAAAAUUGGUGAUUUUGGUUUGGCUAAAUCAUUUGGAAGUCCAAGCAGAGAAUAUACACAUCAAGUUGUUACGAGAUGGUACAGAUGUCCAGAGCUACUUUUUGGGGCUCGUUUGUAUGGUGUUGGUGUUGAUAUGUGGGCUGUUGGAUGCAUCCUAGCAGAACUUUUACUUAGAGUUCCGUUUCUACCUGGAGAUUCUGAUCUAGACCAACUAAGUAAAAUAUUUGAGACACUUGGAACACCAAAAGAAGUUGAGUGGCCAGGCAUGACAGCAUUGCCAGACUAUGUCAGUUUCAAAGAGUUUCCUGGUUUUCCAUUGAAAGAAUGUUUCACUGCGGCUUCUGAUGAAUUACUUCAAGUAAUAUCUGGUUUGCUGAGAUAUAAUCCUGGAACAAGAUCAACUGCUAAACAGACAUUGCAGAUGUCAUACUUUAGUUCUCCACCACAUCCCACUCCUGGUCAUAGACUUCCAUUACCAUCCUCUUGUCAAGUUCAAGCACAGUUAAAUAGUAAGGCUGGAACAAAGCGGAAAAGAGAUGAGAAAAUGGAUGCUGGCAUUGACAUUUAUAAAGUACAAUCUAAUAAAUUGGAGGAAACAAAGAGGGUUAGAGCAGGUGUACUAGCAAAAAGAUUGGUUUUUUGAAUCUUCAAUUUGACAUCAGCAUUGUGGCUGAUAUGAUAUGAUGUUUGAAGACCAACAAAAAUGUUUCUAAAUCGAGGAGUCUUGAGAGAGCAAUAGAUUGCAUUAAAAGUGUUUUAAUAUAUCACUGUGGAUGAGCUACUUCAAAUGGAAGCAGAAAAGUUCAUGAACUAUUUUUUUCUGUUGCUACUGCUGAUGAGUGAAAUUUGCAUUUUGAAAGAAUACACAUCUAGGCCUGAUAUAUUGUUGAUCAACUAUUUUCUGUCUUAUUAUUUUAUAUGCGUCUCAUUCGUGAUUUUGAAUUCAUUUCUGUGACGUUUUGACUCGACCGUUCUAAGAUCUCUAUAUAAUAUCGUUUA